AUGCUUUCCAUCGCACGCCAAUCGAUCUCCGCGGUUCCAAGACGCCAGCUCGCGGGCGCUGCCCUUGGAGUUAGAAGCCUCGUUACCAUUAAGGCCACGCCCGCCGAAGAGCAGGCGAUCCUUGUCGCACAGAGAAAAAACAGACCAUCGUCUCCACACCUGCAAAUCUACCAACCACAGCUGACGUGGAUUCUGUCCUCGUUCCACAGAAUCACCGGCGUGGGCCUUGCUGCAGGCUUCUACGCCGUCACCUGCACCUACGCAUUCACAAGUCUCGCUGGAAUACCCUUUGACACGGCCACCCUGGUGUCGGUUGUUGCCGGUCUGCCAGUGGCCGCCAAAGUUGGCCUCAAGGCAGCAGCAUCGUUCCCAUUCGCAUUCCACGUGGCCAACGGAGUCAGACACCUGGUCUGGGACUUUGGCAAAGAGCUCACGCUCAAGGGUGUGUAUAGAACCGGAUACGUCGUGCUCGGUUUCACCGCCCUGGUCGGAACAUACCUCACUUUCCUCUAA